AUGCCAGUGUGUGUUCAUGAAGGUUGUAAAAAAACUUAUACUGAAGAAGAAAAUAAUGAUAAUGCAUGCCUUUACCAUCCUAAACCUCCAAUAUUUCACGAAGGUUUAAAAGGAUGGCAAUGUUGUGACCGAAGGGUAACAUCAUUUGAUGAAUUUCUUAUUAUUCCAGGAUGCACCAAAGGCCAACACACUGAUCAAAUUCAACAACCUUCACCUUCAAGCACAGACUUGUCAAAAAAUGAUUUAAUUGAUAACAAUAAUAAGGAACCAAUGAGAGCUGAAGGAGAAGGAGAAGGAGUUGAAGUAUAUUCUGGACCAAAAAUUCCUUUUGUUCAAUCAAAAGAGGUAAAUGCCAAAAUUACAAACGCAACAAUACCAAGUAGUGAAAAAACCAAGCCACAACAAAUGAUAGUCGAAGAACCAGAAGAUGAUGAUCCAAAUAUUCCUGUUACUGUUGGUACUGUUUGUAAAAGAUCAGGUUGUGGUAAAAAAUACAUUGAUGAAAAAACAAGCCGUGGAGAAGGUCCAGAAGCAGAAUGUAUCUAUCAUCCUGGUACAGCAACUUUUCAUGAAGGAAGUAAAGGUUGGAGUUGUUGCACUCGUAAAGUUUUAGAAUUUGAAGAAUUUUUGAAAAUAAAAGGAUGUAAAAAAGGAAAACAUUUGUUUGUUGGAAAUACCAACAUAGAAGAACGUAUUGAUAAACAAAAAUCUACUAUAAAUUUCCAAUCACAAGAGUUAAUUGUUGACUUGAGAUUCUCUGAUAGUAAAAUAUUCAAGGAAAUUUAUCCAUUAUAUGAAAAAAUAGAUCCUGAAAAAUCCAAAUUUGAAUAUUUAUCUACCAAGGUUGAAAUUAAAUUAAAGAAAGCAAAUGGAAUUUCUUGGCAAACAUUAAGAUCUGAUGAGAAUAGUUGUGGAGCUGUAACAACAUUCGGAGUUCAAGGCGGUAAUGCAACAGUUGGUGGAAAGGAGUAUACAAUUGCUGAAGAUUCACCUCUAUAUUCAGGAAAACAAAAAUAA